AUGGCACCUCCCACCAGCAACAGGUACCUGAAACCUCAUGGUGCUCAUUCCAACUUCAUUGAGCCACUAGGUCACACCAUCGGGUGCACCUCUCUAUUUCCACGAGAUAAGGGUAACGUCUGCGCUCCACUUGUGGGAAUUACACCGCGACUCAAAAUGGCCAUGAUAAGUUGCGACAGUAAGAGACCUUAUGUUGAAGGGGACCAACUUGAUAGACUUACCGCUCUUCCCAUUAGUGUCAAACACCACAUUCAAGAGCGCUUGUCUAUGGAGGAAGCUGCAAGAAUGGGUAUUUUGUCUAGACCGUGGAGAUAUGUUUGGGCUUCAAUCCCCAAACUUGUAUUUUCUGCUCAAUUUUGCCAGAGAAAGCCUUUAAUAGACGUGAUUGAUACAGUUCUGUUGCAGCACCAUGGAGCUAUUAAGACAUUUGUCCUAGAGAUUUCACCAAUACCUCCUUCUAAGCACUCAGUUAUCGAUCAAUGGAUGCUUUUAUUGUUGAGAAAUGGUAUCAUGAAUCUCAACCUUCUGAAUCUACAAGAUGCUGCUCCAUAUAUAUUACCUUCCUACAUGUAUGAUGUAGAACUAGAAAGCUUGUGCUUGGCCAAUUGCAUUUUCAAGCCGCCGUGCAGCUUUAGGGGUUUCCACAAGCUCAAAAGUCUUUCACUACUUAAAGUCGUCUUGUUAUUAGAUGACAUUGCAGCUUCUUUCUUGUGGAUGCCCUACCUUGUUAUUCUGCAAGUUAACGCGUGUAGUGGUUUUGCUAACGCGUAA